AAUCUCCCGCAAACGGAGUUAUUACUUGCACAACAAGGUAACCAUGCCUCUGCAAUAUUUUUUAUAUUAUUUUGAUAUAUUUAACACGCACUACCUAUUACAAGUUCUGUGAAUUGCUAGAGAUAUUAGUGAAUUUCAGCUGCAGCCCACACUAGUAGCCCAGCUAGCUGACCUUACUUUAUUAACAAAGAGACUCGCCUGGAAUAUAGAUUAGCAGUUGUGGGAAUCGUUGCAGAUAUACGUGUUUAACCUGGAGUCCAAUAGAAAAAUCUCAGCUAAAUUAUGUAAGAUACGCGACUGAUCAUCAGAUAUUCUCGCCGCACGCCUUGCUCGGGCACGCAACGCCUCGUUUGCUAAUGCUACUAGCUAACAGCGUUUAGCCGUAGCCUCGACAUUGUUUUAGCGCUCAGCUAAAGGUGAGUGCAGCGACCUCAUUGUGUGCAAUUUUAAAGCAAAGGCGUAGACCUGCCGACCUUGAUAUUCAAGAUAAACUUGAAAAUGAAACGGCCAUGGUCUAGCUCUUCGGCAGACCAGUUUGGCUGGUUGACCAGCCAUUUGAUUGAAAGCCCCGAAACAUCCCCAAAACAAGAGAGACAGAUCAGGAGACUGGGGGGGCGGGGGUUGCACUGCAGCAUGGGCACACAAUUUAUGUUUGUAUUUAAACAAAUGUGCUAUUUAUAUAUAUUUUUUCCUUAUUUAGGUUUACGUUAGUAUGCGUUUUUAUGAUUGAUAUUUUUAUGUCCUGCCAGGUGAAUCGCUUAAUAAUAUUUUGCGUAAGAUUUGCCCACGGUAGUUUGUGCUUAUACACACUGUAGGAAGACCUUUAUCACCUGAAUAAGGAUUUAUGACUUUUUGGGUUUUUCCAUGAAAUGCUCAUAAUUCCAGUUUAUACAGCAUCAAACUGUUACUGUUUAUUACUAUGGUAGUAUUGUAACUAUGUACUAAUACUUUAUUCAAGCUGUUGAACAUUAUUCACCUGUGUUUAAGGUUCCAGGCAUGGAUCUGAUGUCAUGUGCUAUGUUUUUUUCGUUUUCACUCAGUCAUCAUUCACCACUGUCACGGCUGCAUCCCUGGUUUAUAGAUUUGCUUUUUCUAAAUUAAGGAAUUGGCUACGGAUGGACUAAGUUUUGGGAAUAGGAUAAGGACCUCUUCCACAACUAUUUCUGACACCAAGAAGUGAUCUUAAAGUCUGCAGGUGCCCCCAUUCUGUGUCAGCAGUGAAACCCUCUCAACCACCAUGUCUGAUGGCCGCAUUUAUGUGGGGAAUCUUCCCAUGGACGUCCAGGAGAGGGACGUUGAGGAUCUCUUCUACAAAUAUGGAAAAAUUCGGGAAAUUGAACUGAAGAAUAAUAGGGGAACCAUCCCUUUUGCCUUCAUUCGAUUUGAGGACCCACGGGAUGCAGAUGAUGCCGUCUAUGGAAGGAAUGGAUAUGGAUUUGGGAACUCCAAGCUGCGUGUGGAGUAUCCUAGAUCCUCUGGUAAAACUGGACCAAUGGGAGCCGCUCCAGGAGGACCAAGAGGAAGGUUUGGACCCCCAACACGAAGAUCUGAAUUCCGGGUCAUAGUGACUGGGCUACCUCCAACUGGGAGCUGGCAGGAUCUGAAGGAUCACAUGCGAGAGGCGGGAGAUGUUUGUUUUGCUGAUGUGCAGCGAGACGGAGAAGGCGUGGUAGAAUUCCUCCGCAGGGAGGACAUGGAGUACGCGCUACGCAGACUGGAUCGCACCGAGUUCCGGUCACACCAGGGGGAGACCUCUUACAUCCGUGUUUAUGAGGAGAGAGGCGCUCCCAGCUGGGGGCGCUCCCGUUCGCGCUCCAGAUCCAGAGGACGCUACUCCCCUCCCUUCUACAACAGAGGAUCUCCACCCAUGCGCUACCAGUCACCUCCACGCCAUGCUAUGUCCCGGCAUAGCCCGCCUCCCAGGAGGCACCCCUCACAGCAUCACAGUCCGCCACCACGUCACUACCGAUAG